CAGUCACACAUAAUCACAUAACCUCAAGUUUUAUAAUAAAUGCUAAAAUAUUACUACAAAUACAUAACAAAUAACUCACUAUGAAUAAUCUCCGCCGAACCUUCUUCAAAUUUACAAUAUCCCAGCUAAAAAAUUCCCCAAACCGUUUGUCAAGCCUCCGUCCAAUUUCCUCCCCAGUUUACCAGAGUUCAAUAAGUCUCCAAAAUCUUUACCCCAAUAGUAGUUUGAAACUCGUCACACCUGCGAAGAUCGAAACCAAAAGUGAAGGUUUCUCUGGAUACAUACCCCUGGACGAAAUCACUAUCACCUAUUCGAGGAGCUCAGGACCUGGUGGACAAAACGUUAAUAAAGUUAAUACAAAAGUUGAUAUUAGAUUUAACGUAGCAAAUGCAAAAUGGAUCGAUGAAUCCAUAAAGGAACAAUUGUUAGCACAAAACAAAAAUAAUAUUACUAAUGAAGGUUUUUUGAUUGUCAAAAGUGAUAUUACACGUUCCCAACAAUUAAAUUUAGCCGACGCUUUAGAAAAACUUAGGGCAAUUAUUAGAAAAGCGUAUGCACCUGUUAAGGUUGAACCGAGUCAAGAAAGUAUUGAGAGACAAAGAAAAAGGCAUGAAAAAGCUGUGAGGGAACGUCUAAUGGUAAAAAGACAUAGAUCAACAAUUAAAGAAGACCGAAGGGGGCCUGCAGUAGAUUUCUAA